CAUGGCACUUCCCUGCUUGGGGAAGCGUGAAACUUUCCAGAGUCAGGAUCCCCAUGAGCUCCAGAGGUUUGUGGAAGCCAAAGCAGCAUCAGUCACAGAAAAUAACAUGUUGGGGCUGGAAAAACUCUUAAAAAUCUGGUAACCAUCACCUCAUUCUAGCCAGGAAGAAGAGGAAUUUCAGAAGGGGAGUAUGCAGAGCAGCAGAGAACAGCAAAGCUGACCUGGACCCCUGAACCGCCUCCCCCCUCCCACCUGAACCAGAGUUGGGACCACUUGGUGACAGCUGGAGCAGGUGCCAACGCAGCAAUCUCUCGAAGCAUGUGACCUCCACUGCUGAUUUCUACCCAGAGGACACAAGCAUAUGAGUUCCCAAAGAAUGUAAAGCAGCCACAGGAAGUUAGGAAGAGGUUGCUAGUUUAAAACAAACACAGGGCUUCCUACAUAAGGACCAGACAGCUACCGGGCACCACUUCCACCAGGAACCCCAGGUAGGUACUCUCUCUCUACUCUUCGUGUGUGGGUUUAUGGGUUUAAUUUACUGUGACUGCUGGCCAUUCACGGGCCCAAAUGAACAAAGGGGAGGCUGCACAACGUGGGGCGGCUGGAGCCCCCCAAGCCCCUGUAUCCCCCAGGGACUCUGCUGGCCCAGCUUCAUGAUCCUUCAUUAAGAAAUUCAGCACAAGCUCCCUGGGGCCCAGGACAAACAUGGGGAGUCUCACUGCUCAACAGCCUGGGAAUAGAGGGCACACAUCCUUUAAUUCGCUUCUACCUGGCGACAGUGAACAGAGGGAGCCCCUCUCUCAGGGGUAGGAAGAGCUUCUCUACUCUGCAGUGACAUCCCAGGGCCACCUGAUCUGGGGCACAGGGAGACAGGGGAGGGCCCACUGCCUGGAGACCAUCUGUCCUCCAGGUCCACCUGACACCAUGCCCUCCCCGGGGACCGUGUGCAGCCUGCUGCUCUUCAGCGUGCUGUGGGCAGACUUGGCCAUGGCAGGCUCCAGCUUCCUGAGCCCCGAACACCAGAAAGUACAGCAGAGAAAGGAAUCCAAGAAGCCACCAGCCAAACUGCAGCCCCGAGCUCUAGAAGGCUUGAUCCACCCAGAAGACACAAGUCAAGUGGAAGGGGCACAGGAUGAACUAGAAAUCCGGUUCAACGCCCCUUUUGAUGUUGGAAUCAAGCUGUCAGGGGCUCAGUACCACCAGCAUGGCCAGGCGCUGGGGAAGUUUCUUCAGGACGUCCUUUGGGAAGAGGCCGAUGGUAAGUCAUUGCCCCAGUCAGGUCACUUCAGUCUCCAUGGAGUCCCAAAUGGAGCUCAGCCUAUGGGUGACACAAGAGAAGUUUUCUUCCCCUACCACUGCCUCGCAAAGAGCUUCUAAUUCUUCCUUCCCAAAUGUCUGCAGGAGAGCAGACUGGGCUGGGAUUUCCAAGUGGCUCAGAAGAGAGGUGAACACAGUCUUUGUAUUUCAAGAGCACGCUCACUAUGUUCCAAGAACUAGCACACUAACUUUGGGGCCCAGGGAACCCCAAUAUCCUAACCAUAAAAUGCAGCUAACACUCACUGUGAGUGCAUAAAAUUAUACCUUUAUUAUAUAACUUCACCUCGUGAACAAAAGGAAUUAGUGCUAUCAUCAGAAUAGGCUCUUCUGCAGCCAGUGAAGCAAAGAUUUCUUGCUUUUGUUCUGAAUCCCUUCUUGGCUUAUAAAAACAAACCAUUCAUUUGUUCCUGGUCACGGGGGCCAACACCUGCCUUUGGAAGCACAUUACAACCUGCAAAGCACUUCCCUAACUAACACGGUGUCACCCUGUACCCCCACCAACCACAUGAGGUAGGCAGGGAGCAUGGCACUUACCUGGGGGGUGCAGAGAAGGAAACCGAGGCUCGGCUUUUAGGUGACAAGAUCAACUCACACAGUCCACACGCCAAGGCCAAUGCCUCCUCCCCGCAUUACAACACACCACCUCCGACAUCGCCAUUGUGGAAGAAAAGCCAUCUAUGAUGGCACUGGCAGGACAGUGGACACUGAAUUUUGACCUCUUCCUUUUCAGAGGUCCUGGCAGAUGAGUGAUCAUCCACUAGAACGACCCACUUGCUUUCCUCCCAACCUGACAGCGCCCACCUGGCUUUUAAACUGUUUCUGCAACAACACCCAGUCCUGAGUGGUACUAGCUUAAGAGGUGAAUAAACAUUCAUGCUGUAUGCCGAACAUU